AUGACCUCGAGAUUCAACCGCGAAAAAUUCUCAAAUCGCGCAACCGUCAAGGUUCCCGAAGACACCGCUGCACAGGACAUUCAGAACAAUCAGCAGGGAACCUUUACCAAUUUGGAACCUAAAGUACAGCGCGAACCUGCCUCGCAGGGCGAUCAAGCCUCGAGUGGAAGCGCCCAAACCGCGACCUGGGCAGCCCCUGAAACUACUGAAAGGCGUGGUACCAGAUACUCGCUCACCCAUGACGACCUGGUCGAUCCCGACGAGUAA